AUGAAGAUCGGUUUCUUUGGCCUGUUCUACAUCCUGCCCGUCCUGACGUUCGCCUCAUGGACCACGGCGAUUGUCGGCCUGCUCGCCCUCUGGGCACGCGACAUGUUCCGCCGCUACGAAGGCGAAGAGGCCUCGGUGGUCUUCAUCUCGGACGUCGGGGCAGCUCAUCGCACGUUCUUCAUCAUCUUCUGCGCCCUCACCGCCUUCUUCUACAUCAGCACCACCUUCGCCGAGCGUGCGCUGCGUCACUCGCGUCGCAUCCCGGGGUCCAUUCGCAAGAAGCAGACGGUGCUCGAUAUAUGCAGUGUGGUCUGCGCCAUCAUUGGAUCUGCGGCGCUGGUGCUGCUGUCCGUGUUUGAUGCAUUCAACCACUCGAGGGUGCACUGGAGUAUGACGUUGAUCUUUGUCGUCUUUGUCGGAUUGAGCGUGCUGUUCCAGGUGCUGCAGGUGUUUUCGCUCGCGCACGACUACAACCGUUUGAAGACGCUCAAGAUCAUUGCAGUGAUCAAGAUCCUCAUCUGGUCGCUGGCCAUUGCGGGGGCGGUAGCCUUCAUCAUCCUGUACGGCAUUUGCCGGGGCAACGUCAACCCAGGCGAUGGGCGAUGCGAUCGCGUCGUCUCCGCCGCCGCCGUCUGCGAAUGGGCCAUCGCUUUCCUGUUGGACAUCUUCUUCCUCACCUACCUGGUCGACCUCUUCCCGGCGCACAAGCACGCCAAGUUGGGUCUUUCUGAGGAUGGACGUGUGGUGGAGAACAAGCAGCUCGCCAAGGAACAGGGCGUUGACGACCGACCCACCGCCAGCUACGCCAUCGAUGGUGUGCACAACAACAACACCUACUACCCCUCCGAGGCGGCUCAGCAGAUGCACAGCCAGCACGGUGUGCACCCUGCUCCCGCCGGUGGCAGCCCCACAGGUGCGAACUCGGGUCUGCCCAGCGAAAGGGGCAGUCUCUACCAGACGCCCAUGACCGAGGCUCGACCCGUGUCCAACGGCGACUACUACCGCCCUCAAUGA